AUGAGCCAAGAAAUUGAUUUUCCAUCUAACAAUUGUACAAACGACACGGUUUUUACCGUUGCCGUAGAUAUGGGAGGGACCCUUACUAAAAUAGUGUUUGCACCAAUAGGUUCCAAUAAAUUAUUCUUUGACAGAGUCGAAACAGAGAAGGUUAAUGAGUUCAUAAAGCUGGUUCAUGAUCUUAUUGAGAAAUACAACAAUUGCGACUAUAAAACUACUCAGAUAUUUGUUACUGGCGGUGGUUCCUUCAAGUUUUAUGAUUUAUUUGUCUCAGAGUUUCCAGAUAUCAUUAGUAUUACAAGGGUUGGUGAGUUUGAAGGUUUAAUCACUGGGCUUGAUUUUUACCUCCAUAGAGAGUCUGAAGUAUUUACAUAUAGCGACUCUGAGGGGGAACGUAUGGUUCCAUCUGUUUCUAAUAAUGAUGAGAUAUAUCCAUAUAUGUUAGUUAAUAUCGGUUCAGGUGUAGCUAUUUUGAGGAUGGAUUCUGCAACAGAGUACACUAUGCUCGAAGGAUCUUCUCUUGGUGGCGGGACGCUUUGGGGAUUAUUGUCACUUAUAACUGGUGCGAAAACUUAUGAUGAAAUGCUAACUUGGGUGAGUCAGGGAGAUAAUAAUAACGUUGAUAUGUUGGUACGUGACAUAUAUGGCGACGAGUAUGAGCUUCCUGGUGCCGGAUUGGAACCCCACGUUAUCGCUUCAUCAUUUGGCAAAGUAUUCAAGCGUGAUCAUAAGGGAAGCAUAAGCGAUGGUAAUGGCAAGUUACCAUCAGAAGUAACUACAGAGAGCAUUCAAGCUCGUAAAGGAAGCUUUAAAAAUGCGGACAUUUCCAAAUCAUUAUUAUAUGCAAUUUCCUACAAUAUUGGUCAGAUAGCUUUCUUGCAAGCAAAAAUACACAAUGUUAAGAGGAUAUAUUUUGCCGGUUCAUACAUUAGAGGCCAUCUAACCACCAUGAAUACGUUAAGUUAUGCUAUUAACUUCUGGUCGAAAGGAAGCAUGCAUGCAUUUUUUUUGAAACACGAUGGUUAUUUGGGCUCUACGGGUUCUUUCUUAGCUUCUCAGAAGAAGUAA